AGAUCCGGAUUUACGUUAAUAGUACCAUAACAUUCAGAUGUAAAAUUAAUACAUGUUCUAUAAUUUCAAAGAUGCCAAAAUAUUUCAUGUUGUAUUGCUAAACUAAUUUUACAUUUUGCCAACCGCGCACGUGCUGGCCGUUGAAUUCGGAUCUUAUAAUAAAUCCGACCAAAAUGCAGAUUCACAUUCGUGGAUAUAAGGAUGAAACCACCAUCUUUGAAGUUGAGCCAACUUCAACAAUUGGUGAUAUUAAGGCAAGGCUUCAGGUAGAAGAUAAUACAGAUUUUAAUCUGUAUGCCGCCAAUGAAGUCUUAACUGACGAGACUUUGGUCAGCGAUUUAGGUGACAAGACAACUUUGGAGUUUGUUGUCGGUCUUCUUGGAGGUAAAGUUCACGGCUCAUUGGCCCGUGCUGGAAAAGUCAAAGGACAGACUCCCAAGGUUGAAAAACAAGAAAAGAGGAAGAAGAAAACUGGCCGUGCUAAACGCAGGAUCCAAUACAACAGACGAUUUGUUAAUGUUGUUCAGACUUUCGGACGCAGACGUGGACCAAACGCCAAUCCUAAUUCAUAAAUGGAUUAAAUAUUGUAACAUCUUUACACAAUUUUAUUUAUUAAUAAAAAAUAUGUAACUCAUA